AUGAUGGCCUUAUUGUCGUUAUUGAUUUUCACAUCAAUACUUGUGAAAAGUUGUAACUCAAUUGUCGUACCAGAAUUAAAAAUAGUGCAACAAAAUAAAUUGAUUAUCAAUGAUUCAACAGAUCAAUUGAAAAAUUUACUUAAUCAAUUUUCUUGUGUUGAUAAAUUUAUAACAAAUUAUAUGAAUCAACAACGUUCACGUAUUACAGUAGUUUUAACAGAUAAUCAUACUUCUGAUAUAUCAUAUUUUUAUUUAAAACAGCUACAAAAAAAUCAGGCAACAUUUGUUUUAAAUAAAUAUUCAAAUGCAUCAAAAGCACAGAAGGCACUAUUUGACGUAGUUAUCAUCAUGAAAAAUCAUACAGACUUGCUAGAUGCAACAAUAAAAUUGAAUGAAAUUUGUGGUCGAAAUGGUAGAUAUGCAGUUUUGUUAAUUAAUAUAUUUAACAACAUUAAAUUAUUUAUUGAAGAAGCAAAAAUAUUGAUACAAUUAUUGUGGAUAAAAAGAGUGUCUAGAGUUGUUAUAAUUGGCUCAGUAAAAGAUGAUUUUUUCGCAGCUGAAAGUGAUUCAUUUGAAUCAAAUAUAUUGUGUAAACCAAUGGAUCCAGUGAUUGUUGAUAAAUGUCAAAAUGGAACAUGGAAAUAUGAUUUUUUUAUGCCAAUUAAAAUGAAUAAUUGUAGUGUUACAAUGGGAUAUUAUGAUCAUGAGCCUUAUUCUCAUCUUGACAAUGAAACAUUAACAGGUAUUGAAGUAUCAAUGAUAAAAAUCAUUCAAAGCUCACUUAAUUUUACAAUAAAUCCAAUGGAAAUUGUUGUUGGUUCAAAUGAAACAAGGUCAGACAGUGUUACACGUACUUUGACAAAUAGAACUGUUGAUUUUCUUGUUGGUGGAAUCAUUUGGAGACCAGCUCAAAGUACUGACUUCAUUAUGCUCUAUGAAAUGGUGCAGUUUGUUUUUUUAGUACCAAUUGGUACUAAUUUUUCAGUUGGUGGAUUAAUAUCACCUUUACAAAAUACCGUUUGGAUGGCAGUUGGUGGUGUAUUAUUAUUUUCAGUAUUUCUUAGACUGACGUUGUUUAGAAAAAUAUCUUUUCUAGAAAUAUUAGCUGUUGUUAUUGGUGUUGCAUGGAACAAACAGCCAAUAAGAUUAUCAUACAGAAUAAAAUUCAUGUCGUGGAUUAUAUUUGGCUAUAUAUUGUGUCAAUUUUAUUUGGCAACAAUGGCUGGUAAUUUAAUGUCUCGACCAGUUGAAAAGAUGGAUACAUUUGAAGAUUUAGUUAUGUCGAAUAAAAUGCUUGGAGGUUCAAAAUUAUCACCCACAUUUUUUAAAAGGGUUCAAGGAACAUCUGAAAAAUUUGAUAAUUUAAGUAAAUUAAUGAUGAAAAGAUUUAUUACAUUUGAAAGAGAUGUAUUUAGAAAAAAACUACUUGAUUUAAUGAAUGGAAAAAAUAAAAGUCUUGCACUUUCAACACUUUUAAAUACAACGUCAGCAAGUCAUAAUUAUGAUACGAGUAUUGUUAGAAAAUUACCAGAAGUAUUGUCAAGUGUUUCAUUGAGUAUUGCAGCUUGGCGAGGUUUACCUUGUGUGAGUAGAAUCGAAAAAAAAUUACGACAACUUAAGUGGGCUGGUAUUGCUUCUCAUCUUGGUGAUAUGGAAGCAAUGAAAAAUCAAAUUAGACAAGAAACCAACAAUGAUAAAGAUCAAUCAAUGGAAAAUAGCUUUAUUGAACUUUCUGAUCUUAUUCCAGGAUUUUUAUUGAUGAUGCUGGGGUACUCCAUUGGAUUACUGUGUUUAUUUUGUGAAAUUAUUUACUACAAAUUUACUGGGUCUAGAAAAAAUUAUAGAUCGAAAAGAAAAGUACGCAUUAGAAAAAUUAAAUAUUAA